AUGGCUGAAAUCGCGGAGGCGUGCUAUAUCACAGUCAACCAGAUAGAGGAGAUCUAUCCUUGCUUGCCACAGCAAAUUUCCCAGAUUGACGAUAAAAGAUCUGAGCAGUUUCAGAUACUGGUCAAUUUCGGGCCUGAUGCUGAUAUUGAUGGGUGGUGCGAUGCUUUGCGGCAAGUCGUUGCAGCCAACUCAACUCUUCGAACACGAAUUGUAAAAAGUCGUGUUGGAAUUGUCCAAGUCGUCACUACAGAGGAGCAUCAAACUGAGAGACAUAUUGGGGCAGAUGUUGACCAAUACGUGAGAGACGGGGAGCAAAGGCUUCUAGGCUUCGGUGACUUGCUCUUUCGGUCCGUUGUUAUCGACAGAACCUUUAUUGCUAUCAUUCACCAUGCAAUAAUGGACCAUAGCUCCAUCUCUACGCUUCUUAGAGAAGACGUGAGCCAUGUCUUCUUUGGUCAACAGAUCAAUCAACGGCCUGCAUAUCGAGACUUUGUGGACUACAAUCUAGACAUUGACGAGUCUGCAGCAAGGGCUUUCUGGGCUUCUCGCUUCAAAGGACCGUCUGCAAUCUAUCCACCCGUUCCAGUCGGUCAUCGCCCUCACCCUUACGGAGUGGCGACCAAGACCAUGGCACUUGACCUUCAACGCACGGGAGUUUCCCCUGCCCAUGUGCCGCUGUACAUUGAGGCUGCAUGGGCUUUGACUGCUGCCACUUACGCCAACAGCGACAAUGUCGCCUACGGCCUUGUCUUAUCUGGGCGCAGCCCAUCUGCUCGCGGCUUAGAGAAGACUCUCGGACAAACAGUCGUGGAAAUACCUGUCCAAGUCCAUCUCAAACGAAAUAUGACGGUCGAGAAGCUGGUGAAAGAUCGUGCGACUUCGCUGCGCACACUUCAAACGGAGCCCUCGAUCCAAUUCGGCUUGGAUGGCAUCGCCUCAGCCAGUGAUGCAGCGCGAACCGCGGCUGGUUUCCAAACCCAAUUAAACAUUAUACCAUCCCCUAGAACUCUUUCAGACAAGAGAAGCGCCCCUAAGAAUGACGACAUCGAAAUGGAUCGUAUCGUCUGGAUGGCAAAGGGCGCAUUCGCUCUGAUGAUUCCCUGCUACAUCGGGCCCGGACAAGUUUUCGUCGAAGCGAAAUAUGAUCCGGUGUGCAUACCAGAACGCCAAGUACAUCGCGUUCUGAACCAAUUCGAUCACGUUUUACAGCAGCUGCUUGUCGCUCCGAUGAAUUUGAAGCUCAAUCAAUUGCGUUUGUUCAGCUCUGAUGGGAUGGCUGAGGUCACCCAAUGGAACAAAAUCUUACCCAAGGCGGCAGAAAAACUCAUCUAUGAUGACUUCGUCCUGAAUUCUCACCUACGACCCAGUAUCCUAGCCGUUGAGGCUGGCGAUGGACAUGCUUCCUAUGGUGAGCUACACCAACUCUCCGAUAGUUUCGCAGAAGAGCUGCACAGAAGAGGCAUAGGCUGUCGCGAACCUGUCCUUCUCGCGAUGGAGAGAUCUCUGCCUGCAAUUAUUGCUAUCAUCGGUAUUAUAAAGGCCGGUGGUAUCUGCGUCCCUGUUUAUAAACAAGAUUCAUUUAAUCAGAAGGCCAUCUUGGCCUCUUUGGUUAAAGCGAGAUUCGCGCUCAGCUCCGCCUCUGACUACUCUCUGCUCGAGGGUGUCGUGCCAAAUGUCGUACCUAUCGAUAUGACUUUCAUUUCUAAACUUCCACAGUCGAAUAGGAAUGGAAAAGACCUUAGCACAUCUCCGGAAGAUCCUGUUUUCAUCUUCUCUACCAACGGAAGCAUGCUAGGCCCCAAAGACGUGGUGGUCAACCACCGCUCCUUGGCUUCUAAUCUUUCUGCCGUAUGUUCGCGUCUAGACUGGCAUUCGAGCACGCGAAUCCUGCAAUUUGCAUCUCUCGCUUCUGCUGCCAGCAUUUAUGAGAUAUUUGGUGCCCUCUCAUUAGGGAAAUGUCUUUGCAUCCACCCUGAAACGACACGGACCACUGAGACGGAGCUUGCUGACUUCAUCAGCUCGUUCAAUGUGGACACAGCAUUGUUGCCUCCAAGCAUAAUCCGCAACAUCAACCCGGAUCACGUUACAUGCCUCAAAUCACUGACUUCCUUUGGGGAGUCGAUGGAUGAACGCACAUUAGCAAGAUGGAGCAAGGCCACAAGGCUCUUCAAUAGUUGGGGAGUAUGUGAGGCGUCUAUGCUGAACACUGUCAAUGAACUGGCGGUGGGCUCUCCCUGCUCUGGAAACAUUGGGAGGCCAGUCGGAUGUGCCGUUUGGAUAGUGAAUACUAGUAACCCUGACGAGCUUGCCACUAUUGGAAGCAUCGGUGAGCUUUUGAUCGAAGGCCCCUCUGUAGCCAGAGGGUAUUCAAACAGCGACAGCAAGACGAAAGCAUCAUUCAUCCUUCCCCCAAAAUGGGCAUCCGACUUUGGGAGAAAGUCCGGCCGUUUCCUCCGCACGGGCGACCUUGGGAAAUAUGCCGCGGAUGGGACCAUCGUGUUCAUCGGGAAAAAAGAAAACGCGACUAAACUUGGUCCUCAUACUAUUCAACUCGAAGAGUUAGAAAGUCUUCUUCUUGCAUGCCCUGAAGUUCAGGACAUUGUCACAUGUGUCAAAAUUGCAGCGGGCCGCACACAACUCGUUGCCAUUCUAUCUCUUGUAGACCCUGAACUUCCCAAUCAAAAAGUGCUUCAAGAGCUUUCAGAGGCAUAUUGUGGCGUUGUCAACUCGCGUAUCAACAUCAUACGACAAUAUGCAGAACAUAAUACCCUGUGUAGCAAAGUGCCUGAUAUUUGGGUUGUGGUUGAGAAGUUACCGCGCACAGGGUCGUUCAGGUUGAACCGUGGCGCCGUGCGUUCAUGGCUCAAGACAAAUCGCCGUUGA